CGCACAUUUUCGUCGGUCGCUUCCAGACUAAUUUCAUAUUUUUCGAUUGGGAAUUUUGCGUUCUCUGCGUUCCAGACAGUUUGACGGUCGAGUUUCACCGAUUUCGUACUAUUCUCGUCCUGUUUAAGAUUUAUCAGGCGCCGUCUAUUGCGCAUUUCUCAAUCAUUGACUGUAUUUAUCAUUAUUUCACGAAUUGUCUAGAUUUUUUUUAACCGGAUUUCAUAUUAUAUUACGGUAAGUGGCUAUUGUCAUCUAUGAUAUUAAUAUAUUAUGCACUACACGUGUUUUGUACCUAGUAUAAUUUUUGGCGUCCGUUAAUGUAUCUUAAUAAUGUGAGCUUGGCCUGGUAAUAGGUGGGUACGUCGUAGCAAGGGGCGUAUACUCGUGGGAGGGGAUUUGAAUUCUGAUCCCCACUAUUGACUUUUUUUUUUUUAUUUUUACACAAUGUACGUAAUUUUGUAUGUUGACUCGACAAAAGUUUCCUAGUAAUCAAAUUUUUUACUACCGAUUCUCCCUCGUACAAGUUAUGUGUAUACCACCGGUUGUAGCGAAUGUUGACAACUAAAAUACAAAUCGGACAUUUUACGAUGUUUGGGUACCCGCUUUGGCUAGUGAUUAAAAUCUAGCCGAGGAAGAGAAAUGCUACAAAAUUUUAAUUCUUACAGCCAUUAAACGAACUUCGCAUUAUUAUAAUUUUAGACCCGCAUAGGACAGCUCGUGUUGAUCGUUCUGCUGUGAAAUUUGAUUUAGAUAUUUGUACUGCCAAGUUAAUGGAUUUUUAAACUAUUAAGAGAGUAAAAUCGAUAAACUGAUAUAAAAGUUUUCCGAGUUUUUUAUUUUUUUAUUUUUUUUUUUUGUAUUGGACUUUAAUAUAUAGCAUAAAAACGUCAAGAAAUCGAAAAGUAGUUUAAAAACUAUUUCAGUUAAGUAGGUAGGAAUCUACUAUAAUAGUAUAGUUUGUAUAAUACACUUUUAUCUUCCGGUUGUAAUUUCAAAGUAAAGUUUAUACACCCAUAAUGAUUUAUGUUGAAGUAGGCAUUAUUUCCAGAUAAUUUUUUAUAAAAUGUCCUAAUUAACUAUCUAAAUAAACUAUUUUAUAGAUCAGUAUAGAUACGGUAUGAGUACCUACCAACCUAACUAGUUUUUUUUAGAUUCUGAGCAGUGUGAAGAAUGUAUUGGUUUUUAUAUAAUGUUUUUUUUUUCUUUGAACAAUUUCAACUUUUUAUCCGAUAUUUCGUUUUGAUUUUCUAGUGUAGCACUUUUUCUGAAUGGAAAUCUGACUGGGGUAGUAAAUUUGUUGACAAUUUUAGAUUUUCAAUGAUAUUUUUAUAAAUGUAGGUAGGUAGUUGUUUCUAAAGGAAUACUUUUUUGCAAAUGCUUAUUCAUUUUUCUAUACCUUUUAUUCAUCUAAUAUUGUCUUAAUUUAUUCAUAUAUUGAUAUUUUGUACAGAUUUUGAUAUAACUAUGUAAAGUAUAAAUAGAAUACCUAAUCUUUACCUUAUUCAUGAGUUAAAUACUAAAUUUAUUAUAAUUUUACUACUUAUUUCCUCAAUAAUUUGUCUCAUGCUAGAUCGCUUAAUCCAUAUUCACUUUUAUCAGUGUUAUAUUAGUCCUAAGUACCUAUUGUACCUAAGGACCUAUUUUCAUUAAGAAAUACCAACAUAGUCCAUAGAUUUAAACAUUUAAAUUGUUUUUUUCUAGAUGACAAAUUUGAAUGAAAGUUGGUUACUAAAUAAUGAUACUAGCAAUAUCAGUAUGAAUAUUAAAAAGCAUAUUAAAAAUGGUCGUCAUAGAACAAAGUCCUGUUUUACUCAUGAUCCUGUAAGUAUUUGAUACCCAUUAUGUACCUUUACCUCAUUACAUAUUUUGUGAAUAGCUAAACUUAUAUUGAAUGAACUAUCAUGAGUUGUACAUGUAUAUUUUAUUUACCAGAUCUAUGUAUCUAUCUAAUAUAUACUUAACUACUUAAAAAAAUUUUACUCGAUGAAACAUUAAAAAAAAGUAUUUAAAAUAAAGCAAAAUCAUUAUACAUAAGUACUGUUGUUAUUAUUAUACCUGUGUAUACUUAUAUGAAAACCUACAUUAUAAUAUUUUAUACAUGAGUAAAUGCAAUAAUAUUAAUUGAGCAAUAGGUUAAUUUACCUAAAUAUUUUCUGAAAAAUAUUAUCAUUUUUGUAAAAGUGUAAUUGUUUACAGAAAUUGUCUGUUUUAUUUACAGACCGAUUUAGAAGAUACAAAUAUUCUUGAGUAUGCAGGUAUUGAUCAUAUAAAACCUUUACAAAAGUAUGUAGAAGAAAUGAAUUUGGAAAAAGUAGAAUUUAGUGUUUUUCGAUGUCAAUCAAAAUCAAAAAUACCUGCUUAUUAUGCUAAUAUAAAGGUAAAUUAAUUAAUUUAUCAAUUUUAGAUACUUCAGUAAAAUAAUAUGCGUGAUACAUAUAUGUUUUAUGGUUUUAUAGAAGUGGAUAUUUAUUUAUAUUGCUGUUUUCUAAAUUAAAAAAUACUUUGUGUUUACUAUUUAUUCUUAUAUUUGAUUCAAACUGUUUCCCAUUUGAUUUUGUAUGCAUAAUUAAUUUAUUUUGGUUUUAUAAUAUUGGUUGAGUAAAGGUAGUAAACAGAGAUUCAAGUGAAAACACUGAUUUUUAAAUUUUUAAAGUUACUUGAAGUUCAGUUUCGUAUUGGAUUAAUAGGAGUAAAUAGAGUAAUUAUGUAUGAUUUUAGAAGGAGUAACAAAAAAAACUAGGUAUUGUAUUAUUAUGGCAAGUUAAUGAGUAUAGAAAACAUGGUGUUAACUUUAAGUGUUUUAAAUCUGUGUUGCAAAAGAAAUGUUUUUGAGUAAUAUGGAGAUCAUAGAAUUAAAUAUUGAUGGAUGAAUUGGUGAGAAGUGAAGUGAGUUGAUAAGAAAAUACAACUAAAGCAAAAUGAAAGGUUUAACUGUCAUUUUAUAAUACAGUAGCACCUCAUUAAUCCAGACUAAUUGGGGCUCUAGGUUGUCCGAAUUAAUGAAUAUCCUGAUUAAAUAAAAUACCUAACCAUAAAUAGUGUAUUUUUUUUAAAUUAAAAGUGUGCCGGUUUUAACAAAAAAAAAAAACUGGGUGUAUGUUAUAGAUUUAAGAAUAUACAUAAUUUAUAAAUAAUCAUGAUAAUAUGCAUUUAUGGUAAAUUUCUGGAACUUGAUUUCAUGGUUAUUUUAGUCUGCGCCACAAACUGUGUAGUUCAUGUGUUAUUAAAUGGCUGUCCUGAUUAAGCAAAUUCCAGUUUAAUGAGGUUCUACUGUAUGUCUAAAUACUUAGUACUGGAAUGGAUUUAAAUUAAGAUAACCUUAGUUCACAAAUAUAAUUAAAAUUGAAAAUGGUUGUUGUAGAUAUGAUUAUUGUGGUGUGAUUCUGUAUUCAUUGAAUGUAUUCAUUCUAAAUAUUAUAAUAAUUAUUACAUAAGAGGUAACUUAGGAAUGUAAUGUUAUUAGAAAAAGUACAAAUUGAGUGGUUUGUCAUGUUAUAAGGAAAAAGACAAACAUAUUCUACAUGUAAGUGGGCUACUAUGGUGAGAAGUUGGGAAGGUAGAGGGGAAAUUUAAUGUAAAUUUGUAUACAAUGAUUAGGUAACCAUAGCUAGCAAAUAUGAUAAGAGAGUUCAGUUAAUAGUGUUGCACUGUCAACAAUAUGUAUGUCAUAUUAUGUUAGAAAUAAUUACAUAUGCCAGGACCGUCUCCAGACCUUGACUAUGGAAGAGGAGAUCAUUAAAUUUGAUUAUUUUGAUAUGACUGGUAUACUUCGCAGUAUGGGUGAAUCACUAUUGUAAAUGAUAAGUUGAAAGAAGUUGGGAAGGUAAGAUGUAGGGGAAAUUUAAUGUACAUCCGUAAGAAAAAAUUAAUCAUUGCUAGCAAAAAACUAUUCUAAGUAAGUUCGGUUAAUAGUAUUGCUUUUUCAACAAUAUAUAUGUAACAUUGCAGUAAAAUAAAUAUUAUAUUGAAACAAUUUCUAUGGACCGUAAUUAGAUAUUUCCGCAUAAUUUUUUACUAAAACAACUAUAGUAAAAUUUAAUAUUAAAAUUCUUAUAUAAAAAAUAUACAGCAUUCAAUUAAUUUUUUUUAUUUUGACCACAUAGUACAACUUAAAAUUAACCUGUUCAAUUUUCAAGCAUUUCUGUUUUAUCUAGCAAUUUUAUCCACAGCACCUACCAAAUAAAAAUUAAAGUGUAUAGCUUAAAUUUGGCUCUAAUGUUUUUACAGUUUUACUACGUAAAAAUAGGCAAUUAUAAGUUUUGUGCCAAAAUUUCAAGUGUACAAAUAUUUUUAACUAAAUUACAACAAAUAACAUAAUUGAAAAUAAUAAAAAGAUUUUAGUAAAUUUGCCGUUUUUCUUAUAUUUUUUCCUGGGUUUUCCCAAAUAUUAUGAAAACUGCUUGGAAAAUCAAAAAUGACCCCUAAUGUACCUUCUAGACAGUAUUUCCUUACAGAAAUGAUGCCAUACAUACAUAUCGGGGACACGAUUUUUGGUAGACAUUUUUGUCAUAGAAUAAAAAUAAAGAUCUUUUAAAAACCAAUAUCUACAUUCUUCACUAUUCAGAAUCUAAAAAAUUAUAUCAAUUAAUAUAUUGAUUAUAUCUAUUAUGUCUACUUCUCUCUUGCCUCAAAAGCUCCCAUCGUCCUCUCCCCUCUCAGGAACGGGCCUAACAUAUAUGUAAUAUAUAUUUAGUUUAAUAUUUUACCUCUUUCUCAGUUUUUCCCAUUAAUUAGGAAAAACUCAAUAAAAACAAUGAACAAACCUAAUUGUGAUGACAUGAGGACAGUCUGUGUACAGACUAUUAAAAUUAGAGUUUUAAAGAUAGAUGAAAUAUAAAAUUUUGUUGUAGAAAUUAUAAUAAGUAAUUAUUUACAUACAAUUCUUUUAAAAUAAAACAAUAUUAUUUUUCUGAUCUGACAAUAAUCUUGAUUAUACUGUACUUUCAUAUUGUUUUAAUUAGAAUACAAAUUUUAUAAUAAGGUUUAUUAUUUAUUAAUUAGAAUUUGUGUAUUAAAUAUAGUAAAGUCUUUGGUUAUAACAUAAUAGUCAACUAUUUAAAUUUAACAAUUACUGUUGCAUUUGUAUUUAAAUUGAUUUUUUUUUUUUUUAGCAAGGCGAUACAUCUCUUGCGAGUUCAUUCCCGGAAAAAUAUUCUCUUCCUGAAGUAGCUGAACAAAUUGCUGCUCGAAAUGCAUUAUCUAUUCUGAAAAAGACUCAUAGUUUUAAAAAUAUACCUAUUACCGAAAAUAUGGAAGUUGUUGCUGAGAGAUUGGAGAAGGUCUGAUUUUAUUUUGCUGAUAAAUUAAUUUAUAUUUAUUCUAAUUAAGAUGUUUAUAGGAGUUGCAGAAAAAUUAUGCUGGUCUAUUUUGUGAUAAAGUGGAAGAUAUUUAUAAAAAAGUUUAUAAUGAGUGUUUACCAUCAGACUGGUUAACACAUUUAAACAAGUUCACAUUAAAUAUUACAAUUAACAAUUUACCAAAACAGAACAAAUCUAUUUUAUAUUAUACUACACCUGUAUGUUUAGCAAAAAAUAUUUACAACAAUUUAAUAAUUCAAUUUUAUUUCAAUGAAUUUUGAUUACUUUUUAAGGAAGAAAAAAAAAAAUUGGAAGAAAUAUUUGAUAAUUCUGUAACAGACAUCAAUCUUCCCUUGAUGAAGUUAAUUGAUAAAACAGAAAGAAGUGUAACUGUAACUUGUGUUGAUAGUAACAAAACAUUUUGGAUUAUGUUUGUUCAUGAUAGAAUAAAUGUACUUAAUAUUAGUAUAUUAGUUUGUUUGACUUAAAUAUUUAAAUUUACUAGGAUUAUUUUUUGUAUAGGAUGAUUUUGAUACUUUGUUUAAAUUGAUGAAUACGCCAGAUGAGUUUAAACAUUUUAAUAAAAUGUUUAAUAUUGAGAUUUUUGAUAUUUAUGCUAUUCAAAUAGAAAAUGAGUGGUAUAGAUAUCAAGUCAGUAGAAUUGAAGAUGAUACUGUUACUGGUGUUUGUAUUGAUUUGGGCAUGGAAUGGUAUGUCUCAAAAAGUUCUGUCAUGUUUUUACCCCAAAAAUUUAUGAGCACUCCUUCACAAGUAAAAUAAUAAUGUUCUUUAUUGAUUUUUUCCUAUCUAUUUUUAUAUUAAUAUUAUUUCAGGCUAUUAAAUGUUCACUGUCAUCUCUAUUUUUUGCACCUUAUUUUAAAGUAGCUAAUGAAGUGUUUCAAAAAAUAUUGUUUGGUAAUGAAUUUACUGCUGUACCUGAUAAUAUAGAAAGUGAAAUUCCAAUGAUCACUUUAUACAAUGGGAAAUGUAAUAUGAAUAAAAUGGUUUUGAAAGCUAUUGUAGACAAUUCCAAUUUUGAUCAAGUAAUAUAACAUUUAGAUAUUCCAUGUACAUAUUUAUUUUGAAUAAUUUCAACCUAGUUAUUUUAUGUAGGAAUUAGACAUUGGCUUUGUAUAAUAAAUAUUUUUAAUUUGAUGUAAAUUUUACAUUAGAUACCUUACAUCAUAGAAUUUGGAUUACGAAAUAUAUUUUUCAUAUGUAGGUAUAAAAAUCAAUAGAUACCUUAGGAAAAAUAGUAUAAAAUGUUAUUAUUGGCUCAUUUCACUGUCAGAUUUGCUAUUGGAAAAUAUUUCAAUUGAUAGUUGUUUGUACUAAAUUAUAAUUACUUGUUAAAAAUAGGUCUUCGUAAUGAAAAUAGCUGUAGUGAUGGCAUUCUAAAAUAAAAGAUUAGCAAUCUAACCAUUGUACUUUUACCGAAUACAGUAUACCAUGUAUAGUAUAUACAGUGCUCAAAUGGGGAGGGGGACUAUUUACUUAAACUAAUUUUAAAGAAAUAUUAAUUUUCUUCUAAUAGUUAAGUAGAACAUGUAGGGCAGUAUAUAUUUUAAACUUUUAAGUUGAAACAUGUUUAAAAAGUUCCCUUUUUUACCACUAAUUAUAAUUCAUGAUAAACCUUGUGUUCAAUUUUCUAUUUAUUUUGUUGUACCAAAUCAAUUUUAAUCAUAUGAAACCAAAUAAAAUUCAAAAUUUCAAAUGUCUAUAAAUAACAGAAAAAUUUGACAGAAUGUUUUGAAAACUGUAUCAUGUCUUUAAAUUGUAAUAUACUAAAAGUAUUACAUUAUUUUUCACUGAAAUACAAUUAAAAAAAAAAAAAUGUCUACAUUUAAACUAGACCUAUUUUAUAACUGAAACCAUCAUUGCUAAAGUUGAUAAAUUACAGUUAUCUUUAAAAAUAUGUUUUAGUGAGAAUAUGUGUGGACUAAACCCCUGACGUGUUACCUUGUGUUAAAUAAUUAUUAGGGACACUACUUUUUUUUAUUUUUCCAAUUCAAGUAUAUAGUAACACUGAGUAUAUAUCCAUAAAAAAUAUACAUGGUAAUUAGAAUUUUAUGUUACAGCAAUUUUCUCCUGUAAAUAUUAAAAAUAAAGAAAAACGUUAAAUACAAAAGUUUCUUUACUUAUAAACUCCUAAAAUAUGUUUAACAUUUUGUUUUGAAGGGGGAGAGUUUGGGUUUUAAAUUUUGAAAUUUAAAUAGGAAACUAUAUUAAAAAUUCUAUAAAUAAAUGGAGUAAUAUUUUAAAUAAAUUUUGAUGAUGAUAUUUUUGAUUUCUGUCGACCCGUUGUCGAGAUAUUCAACUUUUUAGUUUAGGCAGGUGGAGAGUAAUAGAAUACUAUUUAAACGCCGCAUGCUGUGCCGUGCCACUACACAUGAGUUUGGAAAAAUAAUCGAUGUAUAAUAGGAGUAGAAUGCUAAAGCUACAUAGAUAUAUUUAAAUAAUUGAAAAAAUUUUCAAUUUUGCAAAAUAAAUUAAAUAAUUUUUUUUAAGUGAAUUUAUGUACAAUAUUAUAAUUUACAAUUAAUGUCUUCUACAUUUAUGUGGUAGAUGCUAUAUAUUUUCAGUUUAACUCGAAAAACUAAAACUACUCUCUUGCAGCAUGGGAAGAGGGUUAGUUAUCACCAAAUUUAACCUAAAUUAUUUUUGUAUAUUAAUGGAAAAAUAUAUGGGGGGAGGGUCCUGAAACAAAAUUGAUAAUUUAAAUCUUAUAACUAAGGAUCUGUCUAAUAUAUAUAUAUAUAUAUCAGAUUACUUGAUUAGAAAAUUAACUCUUUUUAUUUUGUAAUUAUAUAAUGGUAUUACAAUCGUAUAAUAUAAUGCAUUGUUACAAUAUUACUGCAUUUUAAAUUUGUAUUCAAAUAUUUAAUAGGUUAGGUAAUUAUUUUAUUGUUAUAUAUUAUAUUCUUAAUAAUUUAUAUUGUUUUUAUAAUAAAUUAUGUAAAUUAUAUUUAAUUUUAUUGAAAAUAUUAAUAAGAAUUUUUUUCAGAUUGAUGGUAUGUGUAAAGGAAUUCAAUUUGCUUUUGUUUCUGAAGGUUAUGUAUACAUACACCCACCAAAUGAUACAUUAUUGAUUAUGGAAUCUAUAUUGGAUUCAAUUUCUAUUUCUCGUCCACUAGAUCAACUUUAUUCUAAAAAAAGUAUAUCACCUCAUAAGUUAUACCUAGUUAAAUGCACUGAACUUGGAAUGUGGAGCAGGGCAGUAAUUGAUGAUUUUAUAUUUCCUGAUCAAAAAGUUGGUUACAGUGCACACCAUUAUUUAUCUGUACUUAUAUGAUUUUAUUUUGUAAUUUUAGUUCAAAGUAUAUUUUGUCGACUAUGGAAACUAUGGUUAUAUUGAUCAAGAUAAGUUGAUUGACCUUCAAUCAGUUGAUGUGUUGUUGGCUUCAAUUAGCCCUCAGGUUAUUGAUAUUUGAUUUUAAAAAAUAUAUAAUAAUUAUACUUGAUAUAUAUUUUUACUAUUUUUGAAUAGUAAAUUCUAAAAAACAAUUUAUUUGUAAACAGUGUGUAUUAGUGAUGGGUCAAAACUGUCAACUGAAUCUUGAGUAUGCAAUGAAAAAAUGUCAAAUCGAACAUUUUAAUACUGUUUCAAAGUCAAACUUUAAAAUAUUUGUCAAAUUUAUUCUGACAGUUCAAAACUCAAAUUUUAUUCACGCUCCUAUUUUUGUUUUUAUCAUCUAAUAUUUGAGUAUAUAUGCAAUAACCUUGUAUAUGUCUAAGAAUGAAUAAUAUUAUGAAAUGUGAAAAAUCUAUUUAUAAUUUUCUACAGUUUGUAUUUACAAGUUAUACAGGGUAUUAUAAUUUCUAUUAUAUGGCUAAGGUCCUAUAUAGACUUAAAAAUAAAAAUCAAUUGUAAUUAUGAUUGAUUUACAUUUAUUAUACAUCUACUUGGAAAAAAAUUUAAGUUAAAGUUAGACUGAAAAAUAUUGUGAAAGUUCCAUUUAAUGUCAAAAAUCAAGGUUCGACCCAUCACUAUUUGUACAAUGAUUUAUUUACUAGUUACAUGCCUUGUAAAUUAUGAAGAAGAGCAAAUAGAAUUUAUUCUUUUAUUGGUAUUUUGUUAUUUUUUUUUAUUAAAUGUUUGAUGUUUUAUAGGCUUUAAAAGUUGAAUUUAAUUUAUUCCCACCAGAAAAGCUUACAGAUAAACUGUGUAGAGCAUUACAUGAAAUGAUUCAUGAAAAAUCUUUGGAUGUUAAAGUUGUAUCUACUAAUAAUAAUGAUAUUCAAAUUGUUGAUAUAUUUGAUGCUGAUGAUCCUGCUGAAGAUCGUGUAUCUUUUAACAUUCAAUUAUACCAAAGGUAUUUUUGUAUAUAAUUAUUAUAAUAAUUAAUUCAAUUUUUAAAAUUAAUAUUCACUGGAGGUCCACGGGCCGCAUAUGAUUUUGGAGCAUUUUUUCCGUGGUCCUCUUGUACUUUUAAAAUACAAUAGGUACAUACAAAUUGAUUACACUUCAGUAUUCAUUAUUAUAAUACAUAUAGUUUUAUUUUUUUUUUGUCUACAAAAUGUGUGUAGUGUAAUUUAAUAGUUAUUUAAUAAACAAUAAUUUAUCACUAUAGUAACUCAAAAAUAACUAAAUAUUUUCUUUUUUAGUAUAGUAAUGCAAACAAAAUUAUGAUUUUCAUUAGACCCACUUAAAUGUUAAAGAAUGUUUAUAAUAUAUUAUUAUAGUUUGAUAUAUAUAGAUAGUGGCACAGAGAGCACAUGCAGUUAACAAAAGUACCCACCCAUCUCACUGCUUUCUACAGUUAUACUCAUGAGUAUGUCAUUGUUCUCUUCAAAACUAUUUUGUAAAAUAAUUAAUAUACAGGGUCAUUCACGAUUCAGUCAAAUUUAUCAUGAAGUACUAUAAAUAUUAUAUUAUCUUUAUUUUCAGAGGUGAAACUACCAGUGUUUGAUAUUAUAAAGCAACAUUUAUCAAAAAUUCUAUAAAUAAGAUUAUAAGAUAAUAAGAUUUUUCUGAAGUAAUUGAUUUCCAUCAACCUAUUGAUGAAAUACUCGACUGUUUAGUUUGAGCUGGGGAGGAAUAGUAGAGAACUAUUGAAAUUCCGCGGUCCAUGCUGCUAUUCAAAUGAUGCUCCACUACUCCUACCUUAACUUUAAACUUGUACUUCAUCUAUUUAUGAAAUUUUUAAUAUAGGUUACCAGUUGAAAAUCAGAAAUAGGUAGCCGUUUCAACCUCAGAAAUAAUGGUGAUAAAAAAAGAACAAUGUAACAUUUUAGAAUAUGAUUUUAAAACGUUUUUACAUCAUUUUUUUUGCAUAUACAUACAUAUUUCACUUGAUAAAAAUAUGCAGAUUCAAAUAUAUUUCUGUAAAUUAGUAAUUUAUGGAUAUUUUAACCAUUGUUACAAGUUUAUUUUAUAAUUUCUCGUAUAAUAUAGUAGUGUUUUCAAUGCCAGUUUAUUUUAGGAAUUAUUAAAUGUCCAUACAUUUUCUAAACUGUAUUUAAUAAUACACAUAGUUAGUUUUAUAUUUUUUUAAUGAAAAAAGAUAUUUUAUAAAUUAUAAUAAGUAGUUCAUGGCUUUUUGCAUAACACAAUUUUUUAUUGGAUAUGAUAAUAUUAUGCUCAACUGCUGGAGUAAAAUAUGCCCACGGUUUAUAUAUAUAUAUAUAUAUAUAUAUAUUAUAAAAGCACAUAUUCUGAUGUAAUGUAAAUAAUUUCAUAUACAUACAUAUUUUGGCUAUUUAAAGAGAAUACAGAGUGUCCUACAAAGAUGCACCCAUUGCAAUUUCUCCUGAGAUAUUACACUCUGCCCCAGAAGAAUAAACUUUAAAUAUCUUCAAAAAAAAUUUUUGAAGAAUUUUACUAAAACAUAAAAAUUUAAUUCAAAUAUAAAUAUUUGUAAUUCUUAUCUCUUUGAGUAAUAAUAUAAAAAUAAACAGAAUUUGAUUAUUUUUUAUUGUCUCGGAAAAUAUUGUAAUGGGUAUAUCUUUGUGAGAUACCCUGUAUAAAUCUAGAUUAGUUAUUAGCUUUUUUAUGUAAACCAUUUGAAAUGUUUAAUUCCUUUUAUCAAGUAUCACAAUAUCAUUAGUUACUAAAAUAUUUUGUAAUAUUUAUUAUUAUUAAUAAUACUUUUUUUUUUCUUUUAGUGUUUAGAGAUGAAAUUGCUUCAACAAAGUUGUAUACACAAAAUGAUUUGCUUCACACCUCAGUAAUUAUUAUAUUUCAAUUUUAUAUUGUUGACUUAUUCUUAUUUUUCAGAUAAAAAUAUAUGUAUUGUUAUUUAAUGAGUUAUGAUUUGUAUUUAAAAAUGCAUAUUUUACUAGUAUAAUUAUAUAAUAUUUUUUUCCAUCAC